AUGCAGGACUUUCUCUGGGGAAAUCACAGCUCUCUUACCGAGUUCAUUCUUCUAGGAUUCUCUCGUAAUGCAGAGAUAAAUGUUAUUCUAUUCAAUGUUUUCCUCUUCCUCUACCUCAUCACCCUUCUGGGCAAUGGGCUCAUUAUCACCUUGAUACACAUCGACUCCCGCCUCCACACACCCAUGUAUUUUUUCCUCAGUGUCCUAUCCAUUCUGGAUAUGAGCUAUGUCACCACCACAGUGCCCCAGAUGCUGGUGCAUCUGGUUUGCAAGAAGAAGACCAUCUCCUACUUUGGAUGCGUGGCCCAGAUGUACAUCUUUCUGAUGCUAGGAAUCACCGAGUCUUGGCUUUUUGCAAUCAUGGCUUAUGACAGGUAUGUGGCCAUUUGCCAUCCCCUGAGGUAUAAAGUCAUCAUGAACUCUUUGCUAUGUAGGUUAAUGGUGGCCUUCUGUGGAUUCUGGGGUAUCAGCUGUGCCCUGAUAUACACCGUCUCUGCUAUGAUUCUUCCCUAUUGUGGCCCCAAUGAGAUAAACCACUUCUUCUGUGAAGUACCCGCAGUUUUGAAGUUGGCCUGUGCAGACACAUCUCUCAACGACCAGGUGGACUUCAUCUUGGGCUUCAUCCUUCUGUUGGUCCCACUCUCCCUCAUCAUCAUUGUCUACAUCAAUAUCUUUGUUGCCGUCUUGAGGAUCCGCUCAACCCAAGGGCGACUCAAAGCCUUUUCCACCUGUGCCUCCCACAUCACUGUGGUCACUAUGUUCUCUAUUCCAUGUAUGGUUAUGUACAUGAGACCUGGCUCUGAGGCCUCCCCAGAAGAGGAUAAGAAGCUGGCUCUAUUCUAUAAUGUCAUCUCUGCUUUCCUCAACCCCAUCAUCUAUAGCCUUAGGAACAAAGAUGUGAAGAGGGCCUUCCUCAAAGUGACAGCCUGGGGCAAAGCACCAGAAUGA